AUGCAUCACGCCAAGACCGACUCGGAGGUGACGUCGAGCAUGGCGCCGUCGUCGCCGCCGCGGGCGCCCUACUACGUGCAGUCGCCCAGCCACGACGACGGCGAGAACCACUCCAAGACGGCCGCCUCCUCCUUCCACUCUUCCCCGGCCGCGUCCCCGCCGCGCUCGCUCGGGAACCACUCCAGGGAGUCCUCCUCCUCCCGCUUCUCCGGCAAGGUCCCCUCCGCAGGCUCCUCCCGCCGCGGCGUCGUCGGCGGAGGCGGGAAGCGCGGCGGGGGUGGCGGCGGCGGCGAGGCGGCGCGCCGCAGCCCCUGGAUGAAGGAGGCGGCCAUCGAGGAGGAGGGGCUCCUCAUGGAGGACGACGACGACGCCGACGGCCGCGCCGGCGGCUUCUCCGCGCUCCCCAAGAAGGUGCGCUACGGGCUCGGCUUCGUCGGCGCCUUCCUCGUGCUCUUCACCUUCUUCGCCCUCAUCCUCUGGGGCGCCAGCCGCAACCAGAAGCCCGUCGUCUCCGUCAACAGCGUCACGUUCCACAACUUCGUGAUCCAGGCGGGGACGGACGCGUCGCUGGUGCCCACGGAGAUGUCCACGAUCAACGCCACGGUGAGGCUCACGUUCCGCAACACGGGGAGUUUCUUCGGCGUGCACGUCACGGCGCAGCCCGUCACGCUCUACUACUCCCAGCUCCUCAUGGCCUCCGGCGAUAUGAAGUACUUUUACCAGCCUCGGAAGAGCCAGCGCAAGGUGGCGGUGACGGUGGUGGGCAGCAAGGUGCCGCUGUACGGCGGCGGCGCGGGGCUGAGCAGCACGCCGGGGCCCAAGGGCGUGCCCCCGCCGCCGGUGCCGCUGCAGCUGACGCUGAGGAUCAGGGCUCGGGCGCUGGUGCUGGGCAAGCUGGUGAAGCCCAGGUUCUACAACAACGUGCAGUGCAGCGUCCGCCUGGACACGACCAAGCUGGGCAAAGCCAUAUCCCUCAAGAAAUCCUGCACCCACGUCUAG